AUGUCUCGAUUCCUCAUUAUCGGAACCGCUCUUUUGGCUUCCAACGUUGCCGCCCAUGGCUACCUGAAAACAUUCACCCUGGAUGGUGUCGACUACGAGGGUUUCAGCCGCUGGAAACCUUCCCCCGACCCUAAUGCCAUUGGAUGGAGUUUCAGUACCGAGGAUGAGGGUCCUGAGAUGGACAUCUCGAGCCCCGACUUUGUCUGUCGUAGGGGUGCUGAGGCUUCAAAGAACUACGGCGAAAUCGCAGCUGGCAGUACUGCUUCCAUCUUCUGGACUUCUGACGACAAGGAGAUCAACCUCAACGGCUGGGCCGAGUCUCACCGUGGUCCUGUCAUCACCUACAUUGCACCCUGUAACGGCGACUGCGCUUCAGUUGAUAAGACACAGCUCAAGUGGACCAAGAUUGCCGAAGAAGGCCUUGUCUCUGGGCCCCCCCAUACUGAGGGUGUCUGGGCUACCGACAAGCUUCGUGAGAAUGGCGGUGUAAACUCUGCGACUAUCCCUUCCUCUAUUGCCCCCGGAAAGUACGUCAUUCGAAACGAGCUUAUCGCACUUCACCGUGCCCAUCUUUCCGAGCCCGAGUUCUAUAUGCAGUGUGGCAACAUUGAGGUUACUGGCUCGGGUACUGACAACCUUUCUGGCUCUGGUGAUGUUGCUUCUCAGCUUUACAGCACUUCUGAUGAGCAAAUCUUUGGGUUCUCUGUCUAUGACAACCGUGGUGAUAGCUGGAAGAUCCCUGGCCCUGCUUUGUAUAAGGGUGUCCAGGCUAAGCGAUCCAAGAUUGCGGUUAAGUACCACGUCUAA